CCAAAAACCAGGGUUGUGUAUGCAGCACACCCACAACCCUUACCCACGUCAUCCCGUAACAAUACGCUAUCAAAACGGUAACAGUUCCGAUUGCGCAAUUGCGGGACAUUUUUGACGACGUCACGCACAUCCUCCGAUCUUGUCACGCAAAAAGAUGUGUGGUUCAUCUGGUCUGUUUGACAUGCCACUUCUGGCAUAAUCUGCCCGAUAUCUUAUAGAAAAUUUGCCGUGCGUGCUGCGUGAGGUGUGCCUUUUGAAGGCGCAAGUGUUCGUUGUAUUUCUGGAAAAAGGCAGCGCCCGCCCCUCAUCACCAAAAUAAUUUAUAACCCCACCAUCCCCCUGCCCUUUCCAUCAUCAAUUCCACCCAUUUCUCACCUCACCUCUCACCUCUCAGCUCUCACAUUCACAACUCCAAAUCUCACACCCCAAACCUCAGUCUCACACCAUUAUACUCAAAAGUAGCCCAAAAUGAAAGCCUACAUCUACGACGACCUCCCCGGCGACCAACGCCUCCCCCACAACUCAGGCACCCCCAUCUCCCCCUCGGAGCUCCUCUCCCUCGGCGUCCUGUACCACCACAUCCCCUCCCUCUCCGACGUCGACGCCCUCGCCGCCGAGCGCGGGUACAAGAACCGCGACGAGAUCACCGUCUCCCCCGAGGCCAUGGGCGACAUCUACGAGACCAAAGUCAGGUCCUUCUUCGACGAGCACCUCCACGAAGACGAAGAGAUCCGGUACGUCAAGGACGGCAAGGGGUACUUUGACGUCAGGGACAAGGACGAGAGGUGGGUGAGGAUCUUCCUCGAGAAGAACGAUCUGAUCAUCCUGCCGGCGGGGAUUUACCACAGGUUUACUACUGAUGAUGAUAAUUACAUCAAGGCUUUGAGAUUGUUCAAGGACGAGCCCAAGUGGACGCCUCUGAACAGGACUGAGGGGUUGGAUGAGAACGCUUAUCGCAAGGAGUAUGUUCAGCAGUUCUUGGCUGCUUGAGCAUGAUGAUGUUAUGGAACUGGGGAAGCAAAGCAAGCAAGCAAGUUAGCAAGCUAGUGA